UGGCCACCGAGAUUCGGGCUAGAACGGCUUGCAACCAGCGGGAGCCCAACUAGAGCGCCGGCGCUGCCCUGCCCCGCCCCCGCAACCACGCAUGCGCGCAGUUUCGCUUCGCCCAAGGUGCGGGGCGGGGUGCAGGGGGCUGGGGCUCGAGCCGGCUGCGGCCAUCAUGGCGCACGUGCUCAACGUCAACAAUGAGGUGGUGAAGCUGAGAAAAGAAGUGAAGAGGGCCAGAGUCCUAACCAUUCGCCGGCUAACAAGACACAUUGGAAAGCUGAAGUUAAAAAAGGGUUCAGAAGAUGUGGUAUUAAAGAACCAAAGGCGAGCACAGAGGUUAAUAGAAGAAAUCCAUGCUAUGAAGGAAAUUAAACCAGAUCAAGUAACCAAAUUUGCUCUUGAAAAAGAAAUUAAUUUUGAGAGUGUCUGCAAAAUGUUUCCUGAGAAUUUUCCAUGGCAGACAGAAGAUGUUAACUUCAAACAACGAUUACUGUUUUUCCAAAGACGAUUGAUGAUGUGAAGAAUGUUGCAUUCAGGUGUAAAAACUGUCUGCAGGACUGAUUCUUCAAGACUCAGUCUCAUUACUUCAAAAAUUAAUCAUUUGAACUUGGAACUUAGCGGUAUUUAGGACUGGUUUUCACUAGAGUUUAUACCCUCCUUAACUACAUUUUAUAAACAGAGUUAAAAUGGUUAUUCUUUUACUAUGGUUGUGUCUGUAGUACAUCACCACACAUUGCUUUUAUCAUGUUAAAAGCGUGUUUUUCUCUAGCCUCAUUUUCAGAAGUGAUUGAACCAAAUUCCAAAAAUGUUCCGCCUAAGGCAGGCCCUUAGAAAAUGUCAGUUAUAGCUUGGCAAAGUUAGCUAUGAGCAACUGAAAACAGAGUUGUCUGAUAGGGUCAUCAAACCUAAAAAAUGUGUGGUGUUUCCAGUCCCUUUUUUUAGUAACCCUUUUUAUACCAGUAUAAUUAUGACCAUACAGAGGAGCUAUGCUACUUAAUUAUAUCAGUAUGAAGUCACACCA